AUGGGCUCUCCUGUUAUCAAUUCUCGUAAACCAGAAUACGUUCAUAAGCGGUGUAGUCACUGUUCUACUGAGCUGGAAUUUCAAGCACCAACUUCCUUUACAAAUGCUUCACCUCAAUACUCCGUUAAAUGUCAUUCUUGUCAAAGAAUUUCUCAGUUCUCACAGGAAACUCCUAUUAAUAAUAGUAAUGCUACUACUAAUAACAACAGUCCAAAUUCUAAUGGCUCUAAGAAGUCAAAAAGAGUAUAUGGAACAGCGAAAGAACCAUUAGAAACUGAACUUUAUGAUAUACUUGGUGUUAGUCCAACAGCAUCAAGUAACGAGAUCAAAAAACAAUAUUACAAAUUAGCAUUACAAUUUCACCCUGAUAAAAAUAAAUCAGAUGAUGCAGAACAACGAUUCAAAAAAAUUUCUGAUGCAUACCAAGUUUUAUCAGACCCAAAAUUAAGAGAAAGAUAUAAUGAAUACGGAAGAAAUACUGAAGUUAUGCCAGAAGGCGGUUUUGUUAAUCCAGAAGAUUUCUUUAGACAGCAAUUUGGUGGAGAAAGGUUUGUUGAUAUAAUCGGAGAGAUAUCAAUUGGUCGUGAUAUGAAAGAAGUUUUACAGAAUGCAGCCACAGACGAUGUAUCAAAUGAAGAACUUACAGAGGAGGAAAAAUCACGACGAGAAAGUUCCAAUUCCACGGCCAACUCGCAUGCCCUAGAUGAUGAACGAGAAAAGAUUAGACAACAACGCAUUGGAAAAUUAGUUUCAAAUCUAAUAGAAAAAUUAGCAACAUAUGUGGGUGAAAAUGGUAAGGUUGGGUUGGAUCCAAAGGUGUUUAAGGAAAGAGUCGAGUAUGAGGCAGAAGAAUUAAAAACUGAAUCAUAUGGCGUGGAACUUUUACAUGCAAUCGGAUUCACCUAUUCACUUAAGGCAAAACAAUAUUUGGCUGGUGAACAAAUUCUUGGUUUACCAAGACUUGGUCAUAUUCUAAGAGAAAAAGGUCAUGUAUUUUCAGAAACUAUUUCGACAUUAAAAUCUGCCUUAGAUUUACAACAAUCCUUUAGUCAAUUACAAAAGGCAGAAGAAGCAGGUGUAGACGCCCAGGAAAAAAAUAAAUUGGAAGAAGCAGCUGCAAAUAAGGGUUUAACUGCUUUAUGGAAAGGGUCUAAACUUGAAGUUGAAAGUGUAUUACGGGAAGUGUGUGAUCGUGUUUUGUCUGAUCCUGCUAUACCAAAGGAAAUUUUAGUUAAACGUGCUGAAGGAUUAAAGAUAAUAGGUGCAGUUUAUGAAAAUGUUAAAAGCGAGUAA